CAAGCACAAUCGACCUCUUUUCCAACACAUCUCUAAGCUAGUAGAAUGUCACAGGUAAUAAAUGGUACGAUGAAUGGACCAAGUAAUGGAAAAGAGAAUCCGCAUUACCUUGAGCUGAACCACCAUUACGCUGAAGAAUGCAGCCAAGACGAUAUCGGAUCAUUCCUGUUCACGUCAGAAUCUGUUGGAGAGGGACACCCAGAAUGGACUCCUGGGACUUUCCUAUUUACAUCCGAAUCCGUUGGCGAAGGCCAUCCAGAUAAAAUUUGUGAUCAGGUCAGUGAUGCUAUCCUCGAUGCGCACCUGAGGCAAGACCCCGAUGCCAAGGUGGCAUGUGAAACUGUCACCAAGACUGGCAUGGUAUUAGUCUGCGGAGAGAUCACCUCCAAGGCUCACGUCGACUAUCAGAAAGUAAUCAGAGACACAGUGAAAGAGAUAGGAUAUGACUCUUCUGAUAAAGGUUUUGACUAUGAAACCUGUAAUGUCCUGAUGGCACUGGAGGAGCAGAGCCCAGAGAUAGCACAAGGUGUCCAUGUAGACCGCCAUGAGGAAGAGGUCGGAGCUGGCGAUCAGGGUCUUAUGUUUGGUUAUGCAACAAAUGAGACAGAAGAAUGCAUGCCACUGACUGUAGUUCUUGCACAUAAAAUGAACGCUAAGAUUGCCGAACUUAGAAAGAAUGGUGGACUGCCUUGGGCACGCCCAGAUACCAAGACACAAGUGACCUGCGAGUACAAAUUUGAGCGUGGAGCCACAGUGCCUAUCCGAGUCCACACAAUAGUCAUAUCAGUUCAACACAAUCCUGAGGUUACGAUGGACCAGCUUCGCAAAGAACUUAUGGAGAAGGUUGUCAAAGUAGUGGUGCCAGAAAAGUACCUAGAUGCUAAAACUGUCUACCAUAUUCAGCCAUCUGGGAGCUUUAUCAUUGGUGGACCUAAGGGGGAUGCAGGUUUGACUGGCAGGAAAAUCAUUGUGGAUACAUACGGGGGCUGGGGAGCCCACGGAGGUGGUGCUUUCUCUGGCAAAGAUUAUACCAAAGUUGACCGCUCUGCUGCCUAUGCGGCUCGCUGGGUUGCCAAAUCACUCGUGAAGGCAGGGUUGUGCAAGCGUGUGUUAGUGCAGGUUGCUUAUGCCAUUGGCAUAGCAGAGCCACUAUCCAUCACAAUCUUUAGUUAUGGAACAUCAAGAAUGUCAGAGAAGCAGUUGCUGCAGGUUGUGAAGAACAACUUUGACCUCAGACCAGGAAAGAUUGUGCAAGCUCUUGAUUUGAAAAAGCCCAUUUACCAAAAAACUGCCUGCUAUGGUCACUUUGGACGCGCCGAGUUCCCAUGGGAGAAACCUAAACCUCUCCAAUAUUAGAGACACUGCAAAAGAUAAAUCAUGACACCCACUUGAUACAGUUCACAUACACUUGCUCAUUGCAAUAGAGUAAGCACAAGGACCACAAACUCUAUUGCCAGGUAGCACCUUUAUGAUGGCUAUAUCAAGAGACGCUUUAGACGAGAUGGGUAUCUAAUAAGUUUUAACAAAUCAUGCAUUUUGUUCUUCUUUCUUGUGGUAAAUCAGGUUGACCACAGUAGUAAGAGCGUAGAACUAACCCGACACUAACAGUAGUCAGUGAUUCAUGGGGGAGUUGGGCUGCACCGGGGUCUCAUGGUUUCAGCACCCUCUGGUGAUUGUUACUGUUGUUAAUACAGCUUGGUUUGUCGCUCUUCACUACUGCAAAUGUGCAGUUUUUUUUCUGAGUAGGGUUUUUAUAUGCACAUUUGUCUUGUGUUUAUGAAAAUUCAUUGGAAAAGAGCACUAUUUAUAAACACUCGGGUCUACCGUAUAUUCAGAUUGUGAAACAGUUUUCAGUUAUAUGUAUAUACAAGUUAAAUGUACAUGUAAAUAUUUCAGAUAAUUUCAUUAUUUUAUUGGUAAUUCGACUGUGUCAUAAUUCCUCUGUGCCUGUUUGAAUACAACAAUGAAGAACGACGUAGAUAAAGACCAUUCAGUUAUAUGAAGUUGCUCAACUGUUGUGAGGUUAAGUAAGAUUUUAUUUUGACACUGUAUAGUGUUAUUGUUUUAUUAAUAUUAUACAAUUUUAUUCCAAGGGGUUUCAUUAAGAAUACUUAAAGCAGCUAUCAAUAUAACUGAUUAAAGAAAAUUUAUCUUAAUACGUGAAGUGGUUUGGCAGACCCAAUUUUCAUGAAAGUUGCCAUUGCACCCCGAGUUUAAGUGUCUUCUGGAAUCUCACCUUUUUAUCUGCAUGCCUGUGACGUUUCCAUGCACGGUGACCGAAAAACAUGCUUAGUAUAGGAAGUUACCGUGUGUACUCUCAAACUCGGGGUGAAGAUCUGGACUGCAAAGUAAUUAGAGUUUGGAAGUUCAUUCAGUUGAGACUAGAUAUUACAAGUGCAUUUGAUGUAUUGUAAUCAUCUGCUACUGAGUAGCAAACAGUGGUGUUCAUAUCCGAGGUGAAAAGCACAUAUGAGGUCGCAAAUAAUUGUUUUUGAAAAUGUUGAAAUGCUGCUUAUGUUGGUGAAAAGGCUUGAUAUUUUGCAUUUGUAAAUUUCAGGUAUUGUAUUGGUGUUCAUCAAUAAACAUGUUAUAAGAAAA